CAGGAGGAGGGAAGCGACGCCGCGUUGUUUACUUCGCACCGCGCACACGAGGAGGCGCGUCAGCACGGCACAGCACGGCACGGCUCAGCACGGCACAGCACAGCACGACACAGCCAGGCAUGGGCGACAAAAACAAGCACAAUGGCGAGGCGGAGGACAACCCACCCAAGGACGAGGACGUGGGCGCCGAGGGGGACGAGACCACAGACGACGAAGGAGGAGUGGACACCCCGCCCCCCCAGAAGGACGAGGAGGACGCCACUAACGACGACGGGACCUUCGAGGUUGAACAGAUUGUGGACAUGGAGUGCCAGCGGCGGUGGAAGUGCCCCGUAAAAUUCCGUGUGCGUUGGGCAGGCUACUCGGAGAAGGACGACACGUGGCUCCCGGCUUCUGAACUCAGCUGUGAGGACCUUAUAAAGGAAUUCCUGGAAAUUUCAGGAAGAUCCUCUGAGUAUAAAACUGCCAUGGCUCCUAAGAAACGUGCAGUCAAUGACGAAGAGAUGACGAUGCAGACCAGGAAGGCAGCGCGCUUCUCAUACAGUGAACUGGAUGAAGAUCAAGACGAGGUGAUUCCCGCUGGAACAAGAACGCGCAAGGUUAAAACUCAAGCCCAGCCAAAAGCCCCCAAACCCUCCCCCAAGAAGAAAAAGAUUGUUUCUGCCCGGCCUACAAUAAAGGGCAGACCCAGAAAGGAGCCUGAAGAAUAUGAGGUGGAGGCAGUGGUGGACCACAGGGUGCGAGGGAGGUUCACGGAGUACAAGGUGCGGUGGAAAGGCUUUGGGCCCCGGGAUGACUCUUGGGUUCCAGAAGCUGAACUUAACUGUGAUGACCUGCUCAACAAGUACUUCAAGACAGCUGGACGCAAUGUUGAGGAGUCCUAUGAGGUGCAAGAGAUCAUGGAAAUGCGGAAGGUGAAAGGCCGCACUGAGUACAAGGUGCGAUGGAAGGGCUGGAGUGCCAAAUAUGACUCCUGGCUGCCCGAGGAGGAACUCAACUGUCCUCAGCUCUUGAAACGCUUCAGUGCUUCGCAUCCUAAAGAGGUGAAGGAGGAGGAGAAGGAGGAAGAAUAUGAGGUGGAAAAGAUUCUGGACGAGCGGGAGAAAAAAGGGAAGAAAGAGUAUCUGGUGCAGUGGAAGAACAUGGCCCCCAAACACAACACCUGGGAGCCUGAAGAGAACCUGAUGGACUGCAAGGAGGCACUGAGAAGUUUCUUUAACUCGCUGAAAAAGGUAAAAUCAGGCAAGGGUGGGCGUAAAGCUGCACCAGCAAAGAAAGUGAAGCAAGUGGUCCAGCCAGAGCCAGAGUCAGAGCCCGAGGCAGAGCCCGAGGCAGAGCCGGAGGUAGAGGAGCCCCGAGCUCGCUCCCGCAGAGCAGGGAAGAAUCGUUCUUAUUCAGAGUUUUAUAACCAGUAAUUAUAUUUUUCCUUUACGGCGAGGAUUGGGACAAUUUUUUCGGUGGUGAAAAAGAUAUUUUGAAGCAUCCUGAUCCCCAACACCACCAUCAUGAGAAACAUUUCCUCGGCUUGUCAGGAUCCAUGAAACUCAAACAAUCAUCAGUGUUUCGCUGUCAAAAUAGAUAAAUGAACUGUUUGGCUUAAACAGUAUUGAUGGUCUUUGCUGACAUGGAGGAAGCCUCUAGAAACAGGGAAACGUUUUCAGUCAGAUUAGACAUGUGGCUAUUGAGUUGAUAAAGGCAGACCAAUUCCAUUCAGUUAUCACAGAAAUCAAAUUUAUCAAAGAGAGGCUUCAGAAUCGAAUUUUAGUCUAUGGAUUCUAGUUUUAAAGAAGUUUCUAUUUUUAUGUUUUAUUACAAUGAUUUAAUGAAAAUUUUGUACUCUUGCAUUAAAUUAAAUGCAAAUCUUGGACUUUGAAAAAUGUUUUGGAAAAGAUGCAGUAAAAUGUAUAAUAUAAGUAGUGCAGCUACUUGAUGUAACUCACACAAGGGAUAAUAUUUUACUUUGAUGCUGGUUGUUAGACAAAAAAGUCAGGAGAGUUAUCACAGCUGGGAUGAAGCAUCAGCUGCAUGAACCUGGUAAAAAGGAACGUGUUUUUGAUUAUGAUAUGUACACAGCCGUCAGUUGGCUUGAGUGUUGUGACUGAUUCAGUGAUUCUUAAAGUGGGGACUGGGGUUCAGUGGGUCAUGUGUAAAAUUUCACACAAGAUGCAAGUCAUGCAUUGAGGGUGUGGUGGCACGUGCUAUCACUUUGUGGCUCCCUCCAUCUCGUGGUGUUUAUUAUCAUUUAUGAUGAGAGCUUACAGUGACAUUGCAGAAUAUGAAACAUUCAAAUCAGAAAGAAUAACAGAAAACCCCCAGGAUUGUAAAAAUGUUCAAGGAUACAUGAUGUUGACUAUGGUUAGGUAGGUAAAUAAGCAAGAUAAUCAGGAGGAACACUUACACACAAAUUCAGUUAUCUUGCUUUUGAAUCAAUUAAAUCAUCACCAUCAUCAUCGUUGUCAUCUUCAGCAUUAACGUCGUCAAUAUCAUCAACAUCAUCAUCAUUAUCAUCAUCAUGAAAGGCUGUUUUUUCCACAUACUGAUUGAGUGUUUCAAGAGUAUCCUCGAGAAACAAGAAAAUAUUUGAAUUCUGAUAAGAAAUGUGUCAGCUAAGUUGAGAUUCAGACCAAGAAGCUAUAUUGUGACAUACAAGGUGAGCCUCUAUGGUGUAGUGGUUAGCACAACAUGCUACAAAUCUGCUGGCCUGGUCUCAAUCCCAGUCUGGGCAUUCGGUGCCCAGCUCACCCAGCUGUCCAGCCUCUUUUUUGAGCUUGUCAUUAUAUCUGAGGGAUUCUAGGGAAAGUAAAAUGUGGUAACUCAGAUGUCACACUGUGUCCCAGGGUCGUGGGUUCUUAGCCACCACAGGCUCACCGGCAAGUGUGACAGAAAUGAGCACGAAGGUCAGACACAGCUUAUCGUAUGCCCCAAAUUUCACCUUUUCUUACAAAGCGUAGUCUCAGAUAUAAAGAUUUGUAGAUAAUAAUUACUUCUGAUCAAACAGCAUCAAGAGCCAUCCUUAGGUGAGCGAGAUUAACUUGAGCAAGCAAAUGUGGAGGUUUAGAAAAAAAGAAAAAAAUUAAAGGAAAGCUUGCCCAAUGAUUUUGGAUACCCCAUUUUGAAUACCAUGCAAAAGCAGUUUUUUUUCAGGCACUAAGAUUAGGUAUGACUGCAUCUUCAUGCCAUAUAAUUUUGUAGGCUGUGCUGCAUUGAUGGAAUUUCCCUGUUGCCAUGAAAGGCAUACUCUUUGCACCACACAUACACAGCUGCCAUAAUCCUUCUUUGUCACCUUUGUCAGUACUCUCAAGAUUUAUGAAAGGUAAAGACAAUAUGCUAGUUCUAUCUACUGUCUUGAAAACUCCUUGUGUUCCAACGAUAACUAACUAGCAGAGCACGGAGUGACAGCACUUGAAUGGUCUGGGAAAUGUGUAGUGUAGCCAAUUUCUGUGGCUGAUUUUUAUUUCUGAUCCUAAUGUGUCAUAAAUGGAGCUUUAUAAGAAUGGGUUAUGCAAAAUAAUUUUAUUUUAGUAAUUUUAUUAAUUAUGUUUAUCAUUUAUAUAAUUUUUUAUAGCAAUUUUUAUUUUUAUUAUUUUUUUAUGUGUGUGUGCAUGUGUGCAUGCAUGUGAUGGGGCUAUAGAUAUUCUGUGGUACAAUGAACACAAUGGCCAGUGCUACUUAUGGGGAUGACUCAAAAUGUAUGACAGUGGCCUGUUGCAUAGUAAGAAAAAACAACAUUGACUGUGCAGUGUUGGUGUCAAAAAGAUAUCUCCUCAUACAGGAGCAUUAAAAAUAUCACAGGCAGCCAUGGUGCUCUGUGAACCCUAGUGCACAAUUUUACUGUUUCACUAAUUGAAGAAUGAGGUAGAAAAGGGUCCCUAUGCAUCAUGCAGCCAGCAUAUCACAUUUUGAUACCCACUGAAGGCCAUGCAAAUUAAAUUGUGAUAAUACUUUUAUAUAAUGGGGGUAGUAUUUUCAUUUGGCUGAGAUGGGCAGAGCACAGAGCACUAGCCAAGCAGCAAUCCCACUCAGCAGUCGUGGCUGGCCAGUGACUGAACUGGGCACAGCUUGCCAAGACCCUUCUUCUUGUACACAGCAGAAGGGUAAUGAUACCUUCAUGCAUUAUUGCAGAAGAAUUUAUUCGUGUUCAUAGUGAGUGAAGUGUAAUAUAUUCAUAUGUCUUGGUUCAUGUGUGUUAGUCCACACAAUUUACAAAGUCUUGAGUUCCCCAUGGUACUGCAGGAUACAACAGAUUAUUUUCCUUACUAGAAUUUUCUAAUUGUUUAUAUUAAUGAUCCAAGCUUGUGUUGUUGCUAUUUGAAGUUACUCUGUAUUUAAACAUUUUAUUUUUGUGAAGGGUAAUAUGAGUAUACUCUGUAAUAUCAUAAAGGCUUGUUUGUAUAAUAUGUAAGUUUGUACAUUUCUACAUAACUGUUGUAGAUAAGACUUUUAAGUGAGUCUACCUAACAUUUAAUGAUAUUUACUGGAUGAUCAUCAUUGAUUAAGAAGAGUAUGUUAGGUUGGCUUCAACCAAUAGUUUGCUGUUUAGCUGCUGUCCUGCUAUUUCAAAAUUACAUCAAACUAGGUUUAUGUGCACUGUCUUCGGGGAGUGUGGACAGGAAGGAGGCCUUAGGGCAGAGGAGGAAUAAUCAAGGUCGUGUGUUAAAGCAGCAUUUGGUGAUGCUAAGCUUUGAAAUGUGUACUGGACUUUUCACCUUCCAACAAACUCAUUCCACCCUUCAUACUGCAUAUAAUUACUAAUCGUGAUCCACUAUGCCAAGUCUUUGAAUCAAGCCGACAUAUCUUAUUAAUGAAUUGGUUCAAAUAAAUCUCUUACAGUCAUAUUUUAAUGUGUCAUUCAUGGCAGACUUUUAUUUUAAUUUUGAGCCGCAGCUUUGUAAGAAAGAGAAGUUGCUGACAUGUGUCAUGUUGAGGUGAUGGAACAGUUUGGUGGUUGUCAGGAAGCUUUCACAAACAGUUGAAGUGAAAAAUUGGUUAGGUAAAGUUUAUUAAAAAAUAUUUGGUGUUUCAGGUAAUGAGAAUGUGAUGCUUUUAUGAAGGUAAACGGCAGAUAAUCAUGUGGUGCAACACAUUGAACAGAAAUUGUUUAUUUUCUAAGAUUCCUUUGUAGACUAUAAUUAGAUUUUGGUACUUUUACCUUGAAAUAGUCCAAUAAGUAAAAAAGAUCAUACAAAACAUCUUUUUUAAAAUUUAGAAAUUGGAUAAAACAGUUCACACAUUACAAAGAUUUUUUUUCUUCAUAUAGUGGUGCUCUCAUAAUGAUGGUGGACUGGCAGGUGGAGGAGUAUGGCAGCACCACCUUGACAUUUUCCUUAUUAGGCCACUUAGCAAUUGCACUCCUGAUUUUAUAAAGUUUCUUGUUUUAUUGAUUUUCCAAAUUUUUCUCAUUCAUAUGAUGCUGUCCUUUAAAAUCUGUGUUUACAUAUGCCAUUCUUUUAUGCACAUUUUAUUCAGCAGCUGAUGUGAGAAUUUGCUAAAUUUUCAGCAUUGACAGAUGUAGGUUCAGGCUUUUAAUUGUUAGCCUGAAAGUUUGCCAACUUCAUAUCAAUACAAUGGAUACAGUCAGUAGAACAGGUUACAUACUGUUCUACUGAUACAGUCGUGUUGAACAUAAUACUUUUCCUCAUAAGAGGUAAGUAAAUUACAAAAACUAAUGCUUGGCAGCUGGUUUGCUGUGCUGUGGUGUGUGGUUGAACAGUCCACUCAGUGAUGCAUUGCCAACCCCUAGUGGAAAAAGUUAUAUAUAUAUAUAUAUAUAUAUAUAUAUAUAUAUAUAUAUAUAUAUAUAUAUAUAUAUAUAUAUAUAUAUAUAUAUAUAUAUAUAUAUAUAUAUAUAUAUUUAAGAAAUUUAGUUACUCAUUCAAUUACUCAUUCAUUUUUUUUUUUUUGUAUUGUGUAAUUCAAGAAAUCAUUUAUAGUAUAAUAAUAUGCAAUGGCUUGCUGGAGAUUAUUAUAAUAAAUGGUGCUGAACAGAAGGUGUACUUGUAUGUUUACAUGAUUUGCCAACUCAUAAUUAUACAUGCAGUUAUAUUUGUUGAGCCUUGCUUCUCCUGUUUGCUUUGUUGUAAUGGGAUGGUUUUCCUUUUUUAUUCUAUUUUGUGAGAAUUGUAGAAAGGUACCCUGAAGUCCUCUUCUCAGCUGCUUACAGAGAUACACUCAUCAGAAUCUAAUAUUAGUGAUCUCAGAUAUUUAGUUUGUCUAAUAUAAUUGAUAGCAGGAUUUUUUAUGUUCAUGUGAGCAUUUAGUCAACUGUUAUGGUCUGCCAUAAUAAUAUAAUUACAGUCACCUCGCUUUCAGCUCGUCAGUGAUCACAUUUACGUGACCCCGAGGCUUGUUUGGUUGUAACAUAAGCACGUACUAUCUACAAAUGUAACAACUUCUGUCCUUUUUGAUAUCAAUUAUGCAGUAUAGUGAAUGCAGUCCUAUACACUGACUGGAAGAGGAGGAUAAAGAAGUUAUGUGAAUCAUAGGAAUAGAAAGUGUAUGGAAGUACAAAACAAUAUUUGGAUCUUGUUUUAAAUAUACUAACAUUUUGUCUAAGGAUUGUACCUUGCUUCAAAUGUGAUGUCUUCAUACUUUUCUGGUGUUCAAAUGUAAAGUUUAUUGCUUAACUCGUACUAUGUCAUAUUAUGCUUUAUAGCUAAUGUUGGGUUAUCAAGCCUCAGCUCUUGCAGCUCGGCACAACCAUAUUUUGUUUAACGUGCUGCUCCUUGUGCUGCAGUCGCUUGCAUCAGCCUGUGGUUGAUGGUAGAACUAUGCUGUCUGGUAGCUGUUAGUCCUUUUACCUUUUUCUGCAGUCUGGUGGAGUAAUGAAUUUGUGAUUCAUUUGAUUAUCAAUUGUUUCCUAGUACAAACCUGCAAAAAAGUUAAAACACUGAUGACCAGGCUAAGUUAUACCAAGCCUUGAGGUUUCAUUGCAUCCCUCAGGGAAAAUACAAAAAAAGUACACGUAAUGAAUAUCCUCUUAAGUAUGUGUGCCUGUGCUAGAGCAGAACCUGUAAAAAUGUAGCAAAGGUGAGGACAGUCCAAUUGGUAAUCCUCAUUUGAAAAGUUUGAGCCCUGGUCUCCAAGUGCUGCAGAUUUUGAAGCCAAGACCUGUAACUGCUUGGCUGGCUGUUUUAUUAAUUUGGUUAUCUUCAUUUGCAGUGCUUGAUAACAGUGUCAUGGUAGAAGUCAGAGGAUGUAGAUAGUAGGCAAGUAACUGUAUUUGUAGUGUUUGUUAGGUGUUGCAGUAUGAAUUAAUACGUAUAUGAAUGAUUUUUAUAAUCUUAACUUUAAGAAAGUCUGGUAAAAAAUCAGACAGCAACAUAUUAGUACCUGUAAUGACAGUAACUUCAGUAUUGUCAACAUUUUUUGAUUAAAGAGGAAAUCCAAUUUCUAUGUUCUUGAGUGGUUCAGCAACUAUCUGAAUUACCCUUUGUUGGCCCCUUGACUGUGGAUUUCCUACUAGAAGACAUCACCAAGCUGCAGGAAUGGAAUAAAAAGUGGCUGCUACAAUUCCAUGAAGAAAAAUGUGAAGUCAUGCACCAUGGGAGGGGAUAUCCAGCAUACCAAUACCACAUGGGAAACACUCCACUAUCCACCGCAAAGGCAGAGAAAGACCUGGGACUAUAUGUUACCAGGCUACCAGUAAAAGCCAAAUCCGUGCCAGUCGCAGCGGACGGGCAAACCAUCGUCCAGCUGUGUCUUGAUUACCAACAGUAGUGCCAGUUGUAAUUUAUGGAUAGAUUUCUUGCUCCUAUUUAAGAAUACCUUUUCAGAAGUUGGGAGCAUUGACCUGAAAGAACUGAUAGUCAUUAUCCAGGUUAAUUUGAAUACCUGCAACUAUCUCUGAAUAUCCUCUGAUGUUUGCUUUUGAGAACUUCUUCAGGAGGUGGACAGCAGAAGUCUGGCCUGAGUAUAGACUGUCACCAUGCAUUACACAUUUUCCAUUCUUCCUUCUCUAAAUAAUAUGAAACUGAAUUAUACAUGGAUUGUCUCCCAACACCUGAUUGUAAUACAUUUCAAUCAGUUAUUCAAAUAAACUACUACUAAAAAAUAUAGUAGUUGGGUAGAUGCUGGUAAUUUUA